UUUGGAGGGUUUAUGAAAUACAAAACAAGGAAGUGCACUGCGGAAGAACUUGGUUUAAAAGAAAAAUAGAAUAACUGCUCGCAGUUUGUAUUUUUUGGGAAGAUUUUCAAUCAUUUUGACUGCGAGCUGCUUUCGCCAUGGAGGUCACGCCGAAGAAUGUGUCAACUAAAUCGGUAUAUAAUUGCUCACCGACGAGCCCAUGUGGGAUCGCUGAGACGCCUCAGCAGAAGUUGAGCACCUCCCUGAAGGAACAUCUGAAAAGAACACGCCGCUCCUUCACCUCGCCCUUCUCCGUGGCCAAGCGCCUUUGCGUGGACGAUGAGGAUGACCAACGAAUUCCGUCAUGUUCCCAGACAACGGAUGACGACGUUCAUAAAAUUCCUCCACAGUCUGCCAACUGCCAGGAACACAGACCUGGGAGUGAAAAAUGUUCUUGGAGAAUUCCUGGACCGGCGCACUCCCACCCUGAAGACUUUGCGCAACGACGGCAGCGGCUUGGCAGGGAGGUGAAGGACAAGACGGAGACGUUACGCCGAUUGAGGAUGGUUAAGAUGUAUAGGAGCAAGAACGAACUGGCGCAGCUUCAAAGCUUGAUCGACAAGUGGCGGAGUUGCGUUCAGAACGCGUUGUACGAGCUCCAGUCGGACGUUCCUGUGGAAGGACGCAAAGCCAGCCUGUCUGAACUCAUCGACCUCUUUGGUCUGGAUGAGAAAAUUCUGCACUUUGACCGCACGGAGGAAGACUUUGCUUCAUGAAUGUGUAUCUGAAUAUCUAAUAUCUUUUGUUCACCAAACUCUUCUAAAUAAUAGAAAUGUUCAAUAUUAUGGCAUUCUUUAUUUGUCGCUUGAUAUAGUUAGGGUCUAUUCAAGAGAAGUGUAAAUAAAACCUGGUUGCCUGCG